AUGCCAUUCCGUAAAGCGUCUCAUAGCGGGGAAGUGGAUGAACCAUCAACAAGUCAGGAGACGUUGACUGCUCAAACUGGAGCAGGUUUGCAUCGAAAUGAGCUCUACUACGACAUGGUUAUGCGGUUUCUGCGCCGUACAAGUGGAACCCGAUUAAGAAUAGCACAGAGGUAUAAAAUUGGAGCCGGAGUCGGAAUGGAUAGACCAGGAGAACCUCUGAAAUUGGAGAACCCGUUUGAAGAAUUAGAGAGACGGGUAAUGGGUGAAGUCAUGCAAUCAGUGCAAAAUAGAUCACCACGUCGAUCUUCUCGUCAACGAAAUCGUGAUCAAACGCAGGCAUCACCUUCGCGAUUAUCUCCGAUAGAAGUGAAGGUGGAAGAUCCGUCAGCACCAACGGUUCCCCCUGGCACUUCACAUUCCCUUCUGUCAGUGAACACUACAGAAUCGAACGUUGAAAAAGCUGCGAAGCAGGAAGCACAAGUUAUGGCAAGGAUAGCAGAGCUGCGACGGGCGGGGUUAUGGACCGCAAGUAGACUUCCUCUAUGUGUGGAACCACCCAGAAAUAAGACCCAUUGGGAUUACGUACUAGAAGAGGUUAAAUGGAUGGCCACUGACUUCCGUAUGGAGCGGCAUUUCAAAAGGAAUAUUGCUCGGAAGAUCGCUGCCGCAAUCCAAAAGCAGAAAAAGGAAGAUGAGACUGACCAGGAACGUGCACAUGCGCGGUUGAUCAGGGAUGGCAAAAGAAUCUGUGCUUCAAUUGCAAAAAUGAUUAGAGAUUUCUGGCAAACCGUGGAUAAAGUUGUGGAGCAUCGGGCACAGGAAAUAUUGGAAUCAAAAAAGCGGAAAGCAUUGGAUGCACAUAUGGCCUUCAUCGUGGGUGAAGCUGAUAAGCUUAGUUCUAUGGUACAGGAAGGCUUAACGCAAGACAAAGGAUCUAAAACGCCAUCUAUGACAUCUCGGGAUGACGAAAAUGGUGGUGAUGCAGACUUCUGUGUGAGCGAAUCCGAAUCCGAUGAUGAGAUCACUAUCGAGCGUGAAGAAGCCGCUAUGAAAGAACGUCACGAAGAUGUUCGAGAAGAGGUCUCGGCGUUGAAUAAGGAUGCUGACAAAGACAUGGAUGAUUUUUUAGCUUCGUUACCACCGGAGUAUCUUGCAUCGCUGGGAUUACAAUUACCUUCUAGUAACACCACAGUAUCUUCCGAGUCGCUUGCAGAUUCGGAAGGAGAAGAUGAUAACAAGACAUUGCAAGAAAUUCAGUUAGCAGCUAAGUCUGAGAAGGCGCGAAAACUAAGCGAAGAAGGAAUCGAAGAAUCAAGAGCAAAACGUCCAAAGCUGGAAGAGGCGUCCGAUGAAGAUAGCAAAAGUGGGAGAAGUAAUGACGUGCCGCCUGCUACUCGCUCUGGAGAAGCGCAUAAAAAUGAGGAAGAGGAGGAAAUGAGUGUAGACGAAGAAGACUCGGAGGUGGCGGAAGAUCAAAAUGGCAAUUUGGAAGGCAACGGAGACGGUCGUGGGAUGUUGGAAAGCGUUGAUUACGCUAAGCUUAAUAGUGUGAACAGUGAUGAACGGCAACAAGAACUAGCGAACAUCGCGGAGGCAGCACUUAAAUUCCAGCCGAAAGGUUUCACUUUAGAAACAACUCAGGUAAAAACAGCUGUGCCCUUUCUAAUUAGGGGGACGUUGCGAGAAUAUCAAAUGGUAGGACUGGAUUGGUUAGUGACGUUAUACGAGAAGAAUCUCAAUGGUAUACUGGCUGACGAAAUGGGGUUGGGGAAGACUAUUCAAACGAUUUCUCUGUUGGCUCAUCUUGCAUGCUGCGAGUCCAUCUGGGGUCCUCACCUCAUUGUGGUUCCGACUUCAGUUAUUCUAAACUGGGAGAUGGAAUUAAAAAAGUGGUGUCCUGCGUUUAAAAUAUUGACCUAUUUUGGAACGCAGAAGGAUCGAGCAGAGAAACGCAAGGGAUGGUCGAAACCAAAUGCAUUUCAUGUUUGCAUAACAUCUUAUAAGACUGUAACUACUGAUAUUAGAGCAUUCAAAAUGAAGUCUUGGCAAUAUCUCAUUUUGGAUGAGGCCCAAAACAUCAAAAACUGGAAAAGCCAACGAUGGCAAGCUCUUUUGAAUGUGAAGGCAAGACGUCGUCUACUUUUAACGGGUACCCCACUGCAGAACUCGUUAAUGGAACUGUGGUCGCUAAUGCAUUUUUUAAUGCCAGCGAUAUUUGCGAGCCAUGACGAUUUCAAGGAUUGGUUCAGCAAUCCACUUACUGGCAUGAUGGAUGGAAGUGUAGAAUUUAAUGCUCCGCUUGUGCAGCAGCUACACAAGGUUUUACGCCCUUUCAUUCUUCGCAGAUUGAAAAGUGAAGUGGAAAAACAACUUCCAAAAAAGACUGAACACGUAAUUAAAUGUCCUUUAUCAAAGCGGCAAAGGUACCUGUACGACGACUUUAUGAGCCAGAGAUCAACGCGUGACAACUUAAAGUCUGGUAACAUGCUCUCUGUCCUCAACAUCGUCAUGCAGUUGAGGAAGUGCUGCAACCAUCCAAAUCUGUUUGAACCUCGCGCAGUACAGUCUCCCCUUUGUCUUCAUCAACUGCGAUUUUCUUGCCCUGGAUUGGUACUAGAUCUUGAUGAGAAAGAAUUUGGUCGUGAUCUUCCAGAAUUCUUUGAUCUGCGGAAACGUUUCACUGGAAUAAGCUCGUCAGCGGUUGGUCGAGCUCCCUUGAUAGAAGAGCUGGCUGAGUCGAAUGAUUCUCGCCCACCAGUUGUUCCAGGCUUCCGACUCCAUAGGCCAAUUGCUAGUGGAACGACCAUACCAAGUAACGCCCAAUCAUCAGAAAUCGCUUCGGUUGUUGAUGUGAGCGCUGCCGAGCUGCAACGUGCCGGAUUUGCCCAGAAUGAGAUGGUUCUGGUGGUACGAGACGGCGAUGAUAUUGAGAGCAUUCUUGGGAGCAGUACAGGCGCACCAGUGCCUAUGCGGGUACGAGUAGAUGAUGGGCGGUUGGUGCUUGACUCGGAUGGCCUUAAACAGGGAAAAGGGGCAAAACUUUGCCAGGUUGUAACUGGAGUAAACGGGGAGAAGACGUUACAAGAAGUAACCAGUCGAACGGGAGAACAACAAUCCGGAGGAAAUGCUCCUGUGCCUGUCUCCCAAGUGGCUAAUCCUGCGCCGCCGGCCAUGGCAGCGAUGCCAGGCAGAGCAGCUUCAACAGCUUCAAUGACAUCUAGUGUUGAUGCUAACAAGACAGAAAGAAUUCCAUAUGGAGAAACUACGAAUAAGUCAUCUGUCCACGUUCAUCCUUUUCUGCGCUGUUCGACGGCAUUGUCAAAAGUGGCUCCGCUAACGGUGUCAACAGCAACAGUUGGCUUUCAUCAUUCGAUGCAGAACGGUGGUACCCAUGAUUACAACGAUUAUAUUGAAAGCAUCGAAGAAUUGUCUGCCCGACUGAGUCCACCGCUGAAGAAACGUCGAACCGAUUUAUCUGAAAAGCAGCUUGUUAGUGGAGAGUUUGCAGAACUUGUUCCGGUCGAGGUGUUGCAACGUAUGGAAGAAAAUAAUCGCCUAAGGUUGAGAAGAAUAAUUGAGCGUUUCGAAUGCCAACAAAACCCUAUGUAUUCUACACAAUUGAUCUCUAUGCUUCAAAAAUCCAUUGUCUCUAAGUUAUUUCCCACGAUCGGAGAUGGAAAAACAGACGACGCUGGAUACUUGGAGAUUAGCAGUGCGGCUUCAUUGGACAUUCAAGAUUCUCUAAUAUCUUGGGCUGAGGAUACUAUGAAACGAUUUUGGAUAUGGGUCAAUCCAGCCGUCACGGAUGCUCCAUCGCUGUGGAGUUCAUCUUCAGGACAUGGUUCUUAUGUUCGUAUUAUGAAUGAACAACUUUCAAUGGCUUCUCGAGAGUUGUUAUCCAUGACACAUCCACUAACCCAUAUCGCCCUCGUCUCUUCACAGCUACAGUUCCCUGAACUUCGUCUAAUUGAAUAUGACUGUGGCAAACUGCAAGCACUAGCACGUUUACUUCGUCGCCUUUACGUGAACAAACAUCGUUGCUUGAUUUUCACCCAAAUGUCGCGAAUGUUGGAUGUUCUCCAGGCUUUCCUUUCUUAUCACGGGUAUCAGUACUUUAGGCUAGAUGGAACUACUGGUAUAGAACAGCGACAGGCGAUGAUGGAAAGGUUUAAUGCUGACACCAAGAUUUUCUGUUUUAUCCUUUCCACUCGCUCCGGUGGCGUGGGAGUUAAUCUAACUGGUGCAGAUACGGUGAUUUUCUACGAUUCGGACUGGAAUCCAACAAUGGAUGCGCAGGCUCAAGAUCGCUGCCACAGGAUUGGACAAACCCGAAAUGUUACGAUCUUCCGAUUGAUUUCGGAACGAACCAUAGAGGAGAAUAUCUUACGGAAAGCAAUCCAGAAACGUCGCUUAGGCGAAAUGGCGAUCGACGAUGCCGGGUUCACACCAGAAUUCUUCAAACAGUCCGAUAAUAUUCGUGAUCUUUUUGAUGGCACCGUUGAUGUGAGCGAUAUAGCGGUUAGUGAGGGUCCCAAGAGUCAGAAGGAUGUAGAGAAGGCAAUGGCUGCUCUUGAAGAUGAGCAAGAUGUAACCGCAGCAAAGAUGCUGAUUGCGGAAACUAGAGCGGACAAGGCCGAGUUUGACGAGUCGAAGAAUGUUAAUACCAGUGAGAAUUCUGUGAGCGUUUUCCAAAGUCAUCUAGACAAUGAGGAGCCGUUGGAUGAAAAAUACAUCGAACUUAUCAGCCAGUUGAAACCGAUAGAGCGAUAUGCGGUCAAUUUCCUUGAAGCCGAGUACAAGCCGGAAUUCGAGGAAGAGGUUAGAGAGGCUGAGGCGCUGAUCGAGCAAAAACGCGAAGAUUGGGUGCGAGCACACAACAAAGCUCUUAGUAAUGAAGAUACUGAACCAGCAGCAGACGAGGAUUCUUCACGUGUUGAUGAUGAUUUCUACGGAGCAGGCCUGCUCUUAGAUGAGGUGUUUGCUGAUGACCCGGACUUCUUCAAUCAGAUCAUGCCGACAUGGACUCCAUUCCCAACGCCACCAUUGUCUGACUCCGAAAAUGACGUCUAUUUCGACGAUUGCCUCGACCUACUGUACGAUCGUGACUUUAUGCCUGAAGAAUGUCUUCCGUUGGAGAUACAUGAGCUUCACAGUUCACUUAACAGGCCUAUCAGCCCAGUGAAGAAGACUUCACCUACUCCGGUUCCACCAAACAGCAGCUCGCAAAUGUCGUCAUCCGAUGCAGCAGUGAUGAGUUUGCUUCAACAAGCUCUCCAUAAUCCUCCAAAGUCCUACACUCCACCACCAGCAGCGAACAUUCCAGUUCCUUACUCGCCAGCCGAAUUUGACCAAUACAUGCAGGGUUACCAUGAUCUCAAAAAUGAUAAUAUACCUGAAAAUCGGGUCUCGAGAAAGGAGCGGCGUGUCACACCUCGCCAGUUGGAACAGAAAGGACGAGAGCUUAUGCGACCAGUAACUCCUCCUCCUGCUGUUAGAGAAGAAUUAGACUAUGAUGGACCAGAAUGGAAUGUCAUCGAAGACCAGGCGUUGCUCACGGCCAUUCGAAAUGAAGAUAUCAUGUGCCAUAAUUUCGACCGAACAAAAACGUCUCUGCGAUAUAAUUGGGAGUAUAUUUCGGGAUUUGUGAACAGGGUUACCAGGUUUUACAGAUCCCCGAGGCAGUGUUCAAUCCGGUACCAAUUGGUCGUAAGACCACGAGAAAGCGGUCAGUUGAUGGUCAUUGACCCUCUAACGAAGAAACCCAGAAAGGUGCCGUUGACACCAGCAGAAGUCGUUCAUCUGCGCAAGGGCCGUGUCUCUACAGAUCUCCAGUAUGCUCACGAUGCUGAUCGAUUGCGUGACGCAUCGUAUACUGGACGUCUUCGUCUUAUAGAGAGCCUAACAUCGCGACAGAACGAGUUCAGAGAACAACGCCGACCAAUUGACUCACGGUGGCUUGAACCAAGCGGCCGUCUGCCUCCGGCACAGGAGAACCGACUUUCUGUUCUUGGAGUUCGAUAUGCCUCAACAAUGUACCCAGAUGAUAUCGUCAAGAAUUUGGAAGAGAAGAGGAUAGCACAAGAGGCGGCGAAGAAGAAGUUGGCUGAACAGCAAACUAACAACGAGAGACCGAAUUCACCUCCUCAUCCGGUCAUAUCCGUGUGUGUCCGACCACCAGCUGUUACCGCAGGACCCGACGUUGUCCAGUCUAGAAUACCUAUCGUCAUAUCAGUGCCGCAGCUUGUACAGCAACAUCCUCCUCAAUUACAACCCUCAGUGCCGCAGGAUAUCCCCAUGGGAGUUUUGUCGCAGUCGCAUUCUCCUGUCGGUGGAAUGCGCCGCGUUGGAUCACAUUCACAAGUUGGUGUGCCAAUAGCUGGAACGUUGCAACAUGUCCAGGGCGGUGCUCCAAAUACACAACAUAACUACGUUGUUGUCAGUCAAGAUUCGCUGCAGCCCUCAUCAAGGAUGCAGUUUGUUACGCGAACAACUGAUGGCAUGACUAUAGGCCAGGGCGGUCAGCCGGUUUACCGUUCUAUUAGUAGCUCUGCACAAGCAAAACGAACUCCACCAUCAACUCCUUCCCUCAGUAGAGUACAAGGCGGGUACAUGGCGAGUGUUCAAACUGUUUCCGGUAAUAGCACUCUGUUCCAACCUGGGGCGAGCACAGUUGGUGGACCUCAGCGAGGGAGGGUUAUGCAACGGCCCGCAGCACCUCGUAUGUUCGUCCAGCAAGCUCCUCAAGGUGGAGAUCGACCCUAUGUUGUGCCACAGCAACAAAUUCGAAUGGUUUCAACGCAAAGGUUGCCUCCUCAAAAGAGGACAAUCGGGCAGAAGUCACCCAUGACCGCUGUUAUGGUACCAACAAGAUCCGGACAACCUCAUCAGCUGCGUGCAGUACCAAGAGGCUUCACUCCGCAAGGUACUCGAAUAAUGAAUGUUGUAAUGGCACCUAGUACAGUGGCGACAUCAAGCUCUUCACAGUCUUUGCAAUCUUGUCAGCCAGGCAGCGCCACGUUAAUACCCUCUGGUGCACCUGCUGUACGCCAUCCGUCACCGUUUUCGGAGGCCACUGGAGUAACGGUGAAGAGGCAGUUACUCUCUCAAUCUCGGCCAUUAGGCCCAGCGUCCCGAGACGGCUCACCUCAAACUGUAGCCCAAGUUGUCAUCGCCCCACCUCAUCAAGCAGCACCUGAGGAACAGCACUCAGUAGCUGCACCUUCACUACCUCAAUCAUCGGCCCAAGCCGAAGAAAUGCCUCAGAGGCAGUCCUCACCAUCUCAUGCUUCCUGA